AUGGGCCUUCCGUAUUGGCUGGUUCCGUGCUUGGCCUUGCGGUUUGCGUCGGGUUUCGCAGUGGUGGGCUAUGUGCCGGACUACCGCUGGCCCGGCCUGGAUUGGCACAAGGCGGUGGACUUGACGACGCAUUUGGUGCUCUUCUCCCUGGAGCCCACACUGGAGGGUCUGCAGAACACCGACGGAUUGCGGAGCCUGCUGAAGAGUGGGCCAAAGGCCAUGGAAGCCGCCAAGUCUCCACCCAAGCUGCUGGUUAGUGUGGGAGGCGCCGGACGCUCCAAAGACUUUGCGGCGGUGGCAGCCAGCAAGAAGCACCGGAAACGAGUUUAG